GGCAGACCAUGUGUCGUACCAAGUCACAGGACAUCUAGCAGCCUUCUGUUCACGACGCAUUUUGCCUUAGCCUUUUGCCGCGCCUUUACGACUACCAACAUGAUGAAAUCUGUCGGUCUUGUCCUUCUUCUCAUUGCAACCUUUGCCUACUCCGGUGUGGGGUCUCUUGUAAAAGAGAGAAAGUCGACCCAAAGCAUCAAAAAACCCGUUGUAAGCAGUUCAAACUGUGGAUCUUCAGUGGCGAAAGCCAUAUUUGAGGAUAAAGUCCUCAAUGAUGCCUUGAGCGCCUGCAAGUCGGAUCCAAAGGGAAGAGCAGCCUUGACUGCCCUCAGAGCCCAAGCUACCUGCAGGGACUACGAGAUCAAGGAGGACAAUGGCGGCAAGUGCGAUGACGUUGCAGCUCCCUACAUGAAAUGUGUAGCUGGAAAACUUGGUUACUUGAAAGCUGAUGGCUCUAUCGACGGCGCCAAGAUCUUAGACCGGUACAGUGGUGUCGCCGUCGCUCGCGGUACUCUCUGCAAAAAUCAGUACGACAACGGUGUGCGGGUCUGUGGCACUACCAUCAGCAACUACGCGUUCCUGGGGAAGCUCAAAUGCAUCACCACGGCGAUGUUCCAGUCUGGGUGACCUGCGCAAUCUGGUCCUCGUACCUUCAUCUGAUUGGCGGCUUUGAAGUGUUCACAACAGGUGCACAAUAAUAAGUAGGGGACCACUUUAUCCAGGCAAUGCAUCCACGUGCAGUGAGAAUUGUCUAACCAGAAGUUUAUUGUAAUUUGCGAAACAAUAAAUUUAAUAAAAUCCUACUUGUAAUCAUAUAAACAAUCAUUGUUCUAUUCAAGAGUGAAAUUGAAACACUUCUGGAGAAGUGAAGCAUUUCGCUUUGUACCAGUAUAUUUUGUGUCAAGAUAUUUCUAUUUGAUGAAAUUGUUAGAAUUCGAGAGGUUUAAGAUCAUGUGGCUUGAAUAUAAGUUAAAAUAAAAAGGCAUGUAACCAAUCAUUAUAAACUUGAAUAUAAUCAAAAAUCAUCAUGUUCCUAGUGUUCUUUGCACUUCAAAAUUAGUAACUUGUUGUCGUAUUUCAAACCUCUGUACCUGUUUUUUUUUCCUCGUGACAGGUUGAAAAAGUUUCUGAAAACUUAAAAAUGGGAAAUUGGAACUUUUACACAGCUUGGACGAAAUAAAUUACAAUAUAUUAUGAGCAUGA